UCCUUCUUCGGCUCAGUUCGUGGGGCCCUGGCACGGCCCAGCCCAAGUAGGGUUCCGUCUUCCAUGAUCCAUCCAUCCCUCCGCCGCGAAGCUUCUACUGCCUCCGACGACGCCGGCCUCCUCUCCGUCGAUCUCCGAAGCCCUAGCGCCGUCCGUUUCCGCGCCUGCGUGUAGCCACCCGCUGGUCACGUCCCCUGUGCCCUCCCUCCCGCAACAACUCGCCGGAUUUACUGGUCGGGGAAAUGGCCACAGCACUCAUUGCUGGACUCGCGGUUGCUGGUGCUGCUCUUGCGGGCAGAUAUAGCAUCCAGGCUUGGCAUGCUUACAAGGCAAGGCCCAUAGUCCCAAGGAUGCGUAAAUUCUACGAAGGUGGAUUUCAAGCUACAAUGACCCGAAGGGAAGCUGGUCUAAUCCUGGGUAUCAGGGAAAACGUCCGUCCUGAUAAGGUAAAAGAGGCACAUAAGAGGGUCAUGGUUGCCAACCAUCCGGAUGCGGGUGGAAGCCAUUACCUCGCGUCGAAGAUCAACGAGGCGAAAGAUGUUCUGCUAGGGAAAACAAAAGGAGGUGGUUCAGCCUUCUGAUUCUAUAGUACUUGCUCCUCCGAUGUUAGGUUCUGGAUAAUGAAUCUUAGGUAGACAAGGGUCAUUUCACUGUUUGACACUCCAAGAUCCAGUUGUGCUGUGCCCGCUAGCUGUGGAGCAACUGGUGUACAUGAAGUUGCUCUGUGUUGAGAUUUGCAUGAUAUUCUUGCUUAUUUAUCUGCC